ACUCUCUGACUUGUAACUUAGGCUGAAGUAAGAAUGGGCGAAAAAGAUGUACAAUAGUGCUAGAGAAACAAUGGACCUUCUUUCUUUUGCUUUUUCAAUUGGGUUUUGUCAUUUCUUUUGCUUCAUAGAAUUCUCAGCCGCCAUUGACGCCAUAACCCAAAACCAGUCCAUAACCAAAGCCACAAGCUUGGUCUCCAAACAUGGAAGCUUCGAACUUGGUUUCUUUACUCCAAACGAAAGUUCCAAGGACCUUUUCUUGGGAAUCUGGCACAAGACCAAAAUCCCGCUUAGAACUGUCGUUUGGGUGGCCAAUCAGCACAACCCCAUCAAGAAUUCAUCUGGGGUUUUGAAGAUAAACGACACAGGUAAUGCCAUCCUUCUUGGUCAGAACAACUCUGUCGUUUGGUCAACAAACUCGUCGCUAAAACAAGUUCAAAACCCAGUUUUGCAGCUUUUGGAUUCUGGGAAUUUGGUCCUAAAAGAUGGAAAUAAUUAUUUGUGGCAAAGUUUUGAAGAUCAAAUGAAAAGUGUUGUAAUUUCAGACUCAACAGACCAAUGUGGUGAUUCUGGUUACUGUGGCCCAAAUGGAAUGUGUGACAUUAGUAAGUCUCCAGUUUGUAGCUGCCCAAAAGGGUUUAAGCCAAAGUCAGCAGCUACGUUGAAAACCUUUGAUUAUAGAGAGGGUUGUGUAAGGAAUGAAGAAUUGGAAUGUGGGAAAACUGAUUAUGGGUUUACUGAAUAUGGUGGGGUGAAAUUGCCAGAUGGCAAAAAUUCUUGGGCUGAUCAGAAAAUGAGUCCCAAGGAGUGUGAAGAAAAGUGCUUGAAAAACUGUUCAUGUAUGGCUUAUGCAAGCUCAGAUGCUAAUGGAGGUGUUGGUUGUACUAUUUGGUUGAGUGACCUUGUUGGUAUUAGAGAUGGUGGCCAAAAUCUGUUUGUUAAAAUGCCAUCUUCAGAGAUAGAUGAGAAACAUGGGAACAAAGUGAAGAUAGUGGCGAUCACCAUAGCUAGUUCUGUUUUCAUCAUUAUUGGGGUAUUGUUAGCAGUUUACUACAUACGAAGAAACAGGAAAACCAUCAAAGAGAACAAUGGAAAUGAAGAAGCCCAAAAUGAAGAUCUGGACCUCCCUUUGUUCAACCUACCCACAAUCACUACUGCCACAGAUAAUUUUUCAUUUAACAACAAGCUCGGUCAAGGUGGAUUUGGGGCUGUGUACAGGGGUACACUAGAAGAUGGACAAGAAAUAGCUGUGAAGAGGCUUUCGCAGAGCUCUGGACAAGGAGCGAACGAGUUCAAGAAUGAAGUAAUACUGAUUGCGAAACUUCAACACCGAAAUCUUGUAAGGCUUCUUGGUUGUUGCAUUCAUGGAGAAGAGAGACUGCUCAUCUAUGAAUACAUGGCCAACAAAAGUUUGGACUAUUAUAUUUUUGAUGAAACAAGAGGUAAAGUCUUAGAUUGGCCUAAGCGCUUCAACAUUGUCCUCGGGAUUGUGAGGGGGCUCAUCUACCUUCAUCAAGAUUCUAGAUUGAGGAUCAUACAUAGAGAUCUCAAGGCAAGUAAUGUUUUACUUGAUGGUGAGAUGAUCCCGAAAAUUUCAGACUUUGGCAUGGCUCGAACUUUUGGAGGAGAUCAAACAGAAGGACUUACAAACAGAGUAGUUGGGACCUUUGGCUACAUGGCACCAGAGUAUGCUAUUGAUGGUCAAUUCUCAGUAAAAUCCGAUGUCUUUAGUUUUGGCAUCUUAAUGUUAGAGAUAGUAAGUGGAAAGAGAAAUAGAGGGUUCUAUAAUCCUAGUGAUGACGACAUGAACCUCAUCGGAUAUGCGUGGGAGUUAUGGAAAGAAGGAAGGCCUUUAGGACUACUUGAUGAAUGCCUCACUGGGGACACAUGUACUCUAUCAGAAGCGCAGCGUUGCAUCCAUGUCGGUCUCUUGUGCGUUCAACAGCUUCCGGAAGACAGGCCGAGCAUAUCGUACGUGCUGUUGAUGCUCGGUGAUGAUAGGACUCUGCCUCAGCCUAAAGAACCAAGCUUCUUUUUGGGAAAAAAAAGUUCAUCCGAAGCAGAAACUUCUUCAUCAACAAGGCAAGGGACGUCUUCAACCAAUGACUAUACCAUAAGCCUUUUGUAUGCUCGAUAGGAUUUAUUUUCUCACUCGCAUUAAACCAAUCUUGUACAUGAACAUAGUUUUGACCUUGAGUUCUUAUGUCCAUACAAAUGAUGUCAAUCUUAGUUCUUAUGUGAAGUUCAUAAAAGGUAGUAGGAUAAAAGUGGGAGAUACCUCCGCCUAUAUGAAGUUUCCUCCGCCUAUAUUUUGUUUUCUUUCUAUAUAACUCAGUUCAUUUAUGUGCAUAUAUAGAUACACAAGAGAAAUAUAUAGAGAUGUAAAA